AUGGUGCCUUCAUCUAAGGCAUUUCUCAAAUUUCAUGAGAUGCAAGCCGAUUAUGGAUCUAUAAUUGGCCUUAAAAUUGGUUCACAGAACUUUGUCGUUUUGAACAGUUACAAGCAUGUGAAAGCACUCUAUGACGAGCGAGGCGCUAUCUAUUCCAGCCGAGCCAAUGCCUUUCUUGCCAAUGAGAUUGUCUGUCCCAAUGAGAUACAUAUUCUUCUCAUGCAGUACGGUAAAGAGUGGAGGAAGCAACGCAAGAUUUUGCAGUCGCUGCUCAGUGUCUCCGUGGUAGAUAAGCUACUCCCCCUCCAAGAAGCCGAGACUACACAAACCAUGGUCCAGCUUCUCCAAGAUCCUGAAGGUUACUACGACCAUAUCCGCCGAUAUACCACGGCAGUGAUUCUUGCCUCGGUCUAUGGCCAGCGCGGCUCCUCCUUUGACCACCCCAACGUCCAAGCCCUUUACCAUGCUCAAGAUCAGUUUACUGCCCUGCUAGAGCAAGGGGCCAGUCCCCCAGUAGAUGCUUUCCCUUUCUUGCGAGCGAUGCCCGAGUUCUCAGCGCCUUGGAAGACAAGGGCCAAGGCGGUGCGCAAGGAACAGAAGGGUUUAUACCUUAGGCUUGUUCAUGAAACUAGAGAUCGAUUGAACCGUGGUAAAGGCAGGGAUUGCUUCUUAAAGACUAUGUUGGAUGACCAGGAAAAGAACGAAAUGGACGAUGAGCACAUUGCUUAUCUGGCUGGAAACUUGAUGGAAGCUGGCUCUGACACUACCGCGUCAACCCUACUCUCUUUUCUUCUCGCAAUGAUCAAGUACCCAGUCGAAUUUAAGAAGGCACAGAGGGAAGUUGAUCAAGUAUGUGGAUCAUCGAGAUCUCCAUCAGCAGAAGACAUAGAACAACUUCCUUUCAUCAAAGCCUGCAUGUAUGAGACCCUCAGGUGGCGUCCAGUGGCGCCUGGUGGCGUCCCUCACGCUCUAACAAGAGACGACACCUACGAAGGGUACUUUCUGCCUAAAGAUACUGUCGUCCUUGCUAACACUUGGGCGAUCCACAAUGAUGAGGCCGAGUACGUAAGACCGCGCGAGUUUAUGCCUGAUCGUUUCAUGAGCAAUAAAUACGGAACCCGGUAUGCGGUUGACGAAAGUAGUGCCUCUCAUCGCCGAAUCCUGUAUGCCUUUGGUGCAGGUAGACGGGUAUGUCCCGGACAGAGAUUGGCUAAGAACUCUAUGAUGCUAAAUAUGGCCAAGAUUGCCUGGGCCUUUGAUCUUUCAGCUGGCUCUAACGACAUUGAUGACGAUAUCGAUACCGCCUACCACGAUGGGUUUCUGAUUGCGCCCAAGAAGUUCCCUAUCAAGAUUACACCAAGGUCUCAGAGCCAUAAGGAAAUUAUCAUGCAGGAGUACCAAGCUAUAGCAUCAUUUUGGGACAAGUAUGACGAUUAG